AUGGAACCGUACAGCUACACCCGCCCAUGCCUUUGCACCUCGGCAAGUGAGGAUCUUCAGUGUGAGACCGGUCUUGGACAGACCUGUGAUGCCGGGAAGGAGCUUUGGGACUGCUUCCAGACCGGGCAGAUGUGCCAGCCACAAACCACAUGCCAUGCAACGCUGGCAAAUGAUCAGAGCAGUGCAGAAUACUGCGCAGCAAUCCGAGACCAAGUUGCCUGCGACACAGACGUUGCAUGUCAUUAUCAGGAGAACACUGACCUGGUCCACACUUUUGCAUGCAUGGCCAUUGCCGGCCAUGAGAGCUACUCGUUCGGAUGCAGGAAGUUGUCGCGAUCUGAAUGUAUCGCCCAGACCUUCUGCACAUGGAGCCUCCAGAGCCUCCAAGGCUCGCGAUGCCUUGGCAAUGGCGAUUGGCUUGGCUGCGAGCCGCUGCACGAAGCAAUUCCUCGCGACAAGUGCGACUUUCCCGACAACAGCUCUUGUGCUACGGAAGCCAGCAUUUGUGGAUGGAAAGGCUACUGCUCGUGCAGCGUGGAUUAUGUGGGGGACAACUGCAGUCAGCCAGUGGUGGAAUUCCAAGUUGAUGAUGCAUGCUUGGUUCUGGUUGAUGCUGAUGACGAUCAGCGUUCCCGUGACCAAGACCUCUGCAGAGGCCUGGUGUAUGUGGCUUCCUCCGCCGACCAAGAUCGCUGCUUGAAUCGCCAAGGCUGCUUGCGGUGGCAACAAGCCAGGAUGACGGUGUCCACUCUCAGGGACUGCGAGGUCGCAGACAUCGUUGUGGAUGCCAUGCUCACCAUCUUCUUCUGGUUUCUGGUGAAGAAGUGGUGGAGUGGGGCUGCUCAUGAAGGGAAGACCGAUGCCGCCAAAAAGGUUAACGACAAGGAGGGCGCCGCUGACAUCGAACGUGACAAGGAGCGUGAAGGCAAGGAGGAGGGUGCCGGCCGACUUGCUGUCACCACCGACAAAAAGCGUGAAGGCAAGGAGGAGCUUGCCGCCGAUGGCAAAAGCGACCAGGACAAGGCAAGCGUAUUCACAAGAAAAAGCAGUUGCAUCACCACCACGAUCAGCUUCACUGUGGACAUUCUGCUUCAAGCUGGCGAGGUGACUGCCGUUGAGGAUGCAGGCGAGGCUGUCACGGAGCUCAGAGCUGCUGGAUGCUUUCAUCCUCAUGGCGAUGCCUUUGCAACUCUGGUUAUCUUGGACGAUGUUGUUGGAACCAUCUUAUCUUUUGGUUUAUUCAACUUCGUGCUGGCCUGCCUCGGUGGACUGGCCUUUGUCAUUCACACUAUCCUGGAGCACGAGAGGUCGGGCUGGAGACGUGAGGUGCUCAGUAAAUUAUUGUUGGUCGGCUCCAGCCUGGCAGCAGUGGGAGAGCUUGGCCUUGGGGUUGUCAACUACUGGUCGAACACCAAACAUCUUGUAGACCAGCUGGAGACCUUGGAGAAGGCGGCUCUUGGCUUGAGCACAGAGGAAGGGCAGAUGUGUGCCGUUAGAGGAACUCCAGGGACAGGAAAUGGAGUGGAGGAGACUACCCACAUAGGAAUUCCAUGGAACCCCUGGCUCCUGACACUUCCACCGUUUCUGGUGUUCGUCAGCUACGUGUCGCUAUUCCUUUUCAUCUUUUGCCGGUCCCAAAACACACAAGUUGGGUCGGAUAUCGAAGAUGACCCGAGCGCAUUGGACGAGGGCGGCAGGGGCAAUUCGGAACCACCCGCGGUCGAGGUAGGCAAACCAGCGAUGCUCUCAGUGCUGCCUGAGCUGCCUGGCCAACUCCCUGCUCCGCUGCAUGAACAUGGGACCGCUAUGCUGGUCAUCCAGAAAGAUGCCAAAAGAGGCGAGAAGCAGCGCAACUCUGAAGCCUCGGAGGAAGGAAUCCUGUCGAUCGGAGCCAGUGACGUCGUCCACAUCCAGAACGGGAUCCUGAUGGCGUCCAAAAGGCUCUCGCAAGCCCGGUUCGAAAUCGCGGACGCAAAGACUUUUCCCAAGCUGCCCCCAGGCGUGACUCCGUUGAGCCGUGUCUUGAGGCUCCUGCCACAUGAAAGGCGCUUCCAGGAGCCCGUGAUGCUGUUGCUGCCCAUUACGGGCGGGAUCGGGGUCGAGGCUGCCAAAUUGUGGCGCUCGAAGCCCUCUGGGGAAUGGGAGGUGACCAAAGAUGUACCGACCAAGGUGUUCAAAGAGGUAUCCCUUCUCCGAUUCUGGCUUGAACAUUUCUGUUAUGCGUUUGCCGGUGUCGUGAAAGAUGAGACGAGUGUGUCGCCUCCGCCUCGGAGCCUGUGGAGCAUGCGGUGCCCGUGGAGCAUGCGGUGCUACUGCUUGCGGCGCUUGCGGGGCAUGUGGCCUCCGUGGCCACCAGCAGAAGAUGUCGAGUGUGGCAAGUGGUUUCUGGAUGUGCCUCCAGAAGGCCUCUAUGUCGAGGUUUACAGCCCGGAGAACACCCUCAUCGCCGGAGGUCCGGUCGGCCAAGAAGACUUUCCUCUCAUUUCAUAUGCACAACUUCAGCAGGUGGCUGCUGCAAUUGCAGGUGUGGAGGAAGACACUCCGCUGCUUUUCAAGGAUGAGAGAACCCACCUCAUGGUCUCCGGGCGUUUCAAUGACAAGGAAAUGGUGGACUACAUCAAAGCAGUUCGGGACAUCUUGACUCAGAAGGGAGUCCCCAUCUUCAUGGUUGACACCCAGGGACCCGGGGAUGCUUUUGGUAGCCAGACUCUGCAAGGCCUCUACACGGCCAAGGCGUUGCUUGCUUUCUGUGGCACGAACUACGGGCAGCGCACAGGAGCGCGCUACGAAACAUACGUGGAACUUCGCUAUGCCCAUGACAACAACCUCGACAUCAUUCCUAUCCAGCUCUGCCACACUUUCCCUCCUCGCCCACCAGAUUUGGAAGGUCGAAUGCAGAACCAUGUAGUUUUGCAAAGGGAUGUGAUGCGCAUCAUGGACAAGGAUAUGAACGAAUCAGAGCGCGUCGCCGACGAGAUCCUCGAAGCCUGGACCAGUCGGCUUCAACACCUCCGAGUAUAUGUAAAGCCUUAUUGA